AUGAGGCCUCCCCUCUAUCCUGAUCUGUCUGGUCGAGUCAUUCCAGGCCAAGUGGGCACCAUCAUGGGAUGGGCAGGAGGUCUCAUCAUUGGGGCCCAGGCAUCAUUGGCAUCUGGCCUCCCAUGGGUGGCCUCAUUCCAGGAGCAGGUCCCACUGGCAUCAUCCCAGGAGGAGGAGGGCCCAUCAUUGGCAUCAAUUAUCACUGGCCUGGCUUCCAAAGGCAGCCCUCAGCAGAUUCACUGGCACUGUAGCAACUCUGCAGAUGCACUUAUAAGCUUAAGUGUAUAUCUUUGCACAUUAAAAACAAGAAUAUAUAAACUAGAAGUUAGAGACCAGAGGCCAAACUUGGGACCUGACAAGACAUCUGGGCUGCCCCGCAGGAUCAUCAGGGAAACCAAGCAUUUGUUGGCAGAACCAGAUCCUGGAGUCAAAGCAGAACCAGAUGAGACCAACACCCAGGAUUCCCCUUUUGAGGGAGGGACUUUUAAACCUGAACUAUUCUUUCCAGAAGAAUAUCCAAUGGCAGCGCCUAAAGUGCAUUUCAUGACCAAAAUUUAUCAUCCUAAUGUAGACAAGUUGGGAAGAAUAUGUUUAGAUAAUCUAAAAGAUAAGUGGUCCCUAGCACUGCAGAUCCACACAGUUCUGCUAUUGAUCCAGGACCUGUUAAGUGCUCCCAAUCCAGAUGUUCCAUUAGCAAAUGAUAUAGAGGAACAUUGGAAGACCAACGAAGCCCGAGGCAUAGAAACAGCUAGACCAGGCACUAGGCUUUAUGUCAUGAACAAUAUUUAGAUUGAGCUGAUCAUCAAGUGGGCACCGCUUCUCCUGUUCUGCCAAGACAGAGUUCUUUCUUUUUGUUUGCAUUUACUGGACACAGUCUUAGAAACGUUACAUAAUAAAAGCCCAGACAUCUUCAGUCCUUUGGUAAUUAAAUGCACAUUAGCAAAUCUAUGUCUUGUCCUGAUUCACUGUUGUAAAGCAUGAGCAGAGGCUGGAAGUAUCAUUUGGACUGUUGUGAAACGUUUAAAAGCAGUGGCCCCUUUCUGCUUUUAUUCAUUUCUCCCAUCUUGGUUUAAGUAUAAAGCACUAUGAAUGAAGGUAGUUGUCAGGUUAGCUGCAGGAGUGUGGGUGUUUUUCUUUACUUUAUUUAAUUUUAAUUUUAUUUUUCUGAGUAGGGCAAUAGUUUAAAUUUACAAGGUCCUUUCUUGCUUUUUUUGGUGAUCUAAUUGCGUUGCUUAAAAGCAACUAACCAGUUCUUUAGAAUAUGUUCUCUAGCCAAGUCUCACUUGAUUUAACACUGUAGAUGGACAAGCUUGAUGUCUGAACCGGAAGGGGAACAUUAACCAAACAUCACAGCCCUCACUAAUAACACUGUGACUUUGCUGUCAAGCGUACAUUCCCCCUUCAAAAAAAAGCUCAUGACCAUUUUGUAUGGCUUGUCUGCUCACUUCUGUAAAUCUUAUGUUUUAGUAAAAUAUUUUUUGUACUCCAAAAAAUAAAUGAAAAUAAAAAUAAGCUAAAAAACUAAAUUCUACCACAAUAACAUAUAUCUUAGAUUGAUUCCUUCUGAUGUUGAAUAUUGAAAGGCUUUACAUGAAAUUUUGAAUAUAAAACACUUAAUAAAAUGAACUUCUAUAAUCAUAUUCAUAUAAAUAAAUUAUAAAUAUCAAUUUCAUCUAGUUUUUAAUAUACAGUCUCUCAAAGAUAUAUUUUUCAAAAGU